AUUCUUGAAGCGAGAUUUGGGUGAAGAUCACGUUGCUGAUGCAUUAUAAAUCUAGCUGUUCAUUCUGUUGGUAUAUCAACAUUAUUUGUAGGCAUUACAAGCUCACAAGUGAACAAUGGAUGGAUCAUAGCAUAGGUAGUUGUUCCUGACGGUUCGAGCGCUCUGUAUCUCAGGCGGGCUGCGCGUGCCUCCCGGUGUGCCAUAAUGCUGCGUCUGUCGGUGCUGCGUCCUCGGCUGGGCCGGAUGGCCGUCCGCCAUCUGUCCAGUAGCCCGCCGUAUUCGGAUGAGUAUCAGUUCCUGCACCACAGCGAGCUGCCCACCGAUGUCUUCCAGGCCUCGCUUCCGCGCUUGCCGAUUCCCACGAUCGAGAACACUUGUCAGCGCUACUUGAACGCCCAGAAACCUCUUCUAACUGACGAGCAAUUCGCUCAUACCCAGGAUGUAACCCUGCGAUUCCAGCAGGGUAUUGGCAAGAACCUGCAGCUGGUGCUGCGUAAGCGAGACAAAGCCAACAAGCACACGAGCUACAUUUCCAAGCCCUGGUUCGACAUGUACUUGACUGAUCGACGGCCCAUUGUGAUCAACUCUAACCCGUUUAUGUCGUACAUCGACGACCCCGACACUCCGUACAACGAUCAGGUGAUCCGCGCCACCAACAUGACGAUCGCCGCCCUCCGCUUCAUGCGCACUUUGGAGGCCGGCAUCCUGACCCCCGAGGUGUUCCACCUGAACGCUGCGAAAAGUGACGUUCCUGGCAUGCGAAAGCUGGUCAAGCUUUUGCCUCGUCGCGUCGCGUCCUUCGGCGCCUACUACUACAAAGCGUUCCCCCUCGACAUGUCACAGUUCAGCAGCCUUUUCGCGUCGACGCGAGUGCCAAGGAUAGGCAAAGAUGAGCUAAAGAAAACCCACGCAUCAAAACACAUCUUAGUGAUCCGGAAUGGCCAUCUCUACGCGGUGGAUGUCAUGGACGCGUCGGGAGACAUCCUGUCGCCGGCGGAUAUCCAUGGCAGCAUUGCUUCUGUGGCAAACGAUCCCAGCCCUCCCCCGGAGUCACCGCUGGGAUACCUGUCCGCCGAAAAUCGUGAUACUUGGGCGGCCGUGCGUGAGCACCUCUUGGAGACCGGCAAUGGCGAAGCGCUGGAGGCUGUGGACUCGGCUCUCUUCUGUAUCGUGCUCGAUGACGCUCGCAUCAAUGACGACCCGGUGGCAGCGUUCAAACAGUUCUUGCAUGGUGACGCGGCCAACCGCUGGUUUGACAAGUCCUUCUCGAUCGUGUUCAGUGGAGAAGGCAAGGCGGCUAUCAAUUUUGAACACGCCUGGGGCGAUGGUGUCGCAGUGUUGCGUCUCUUCAACGAGAUUUUCCGCGACGUGACUGAGAAGCCUCGUGUCGGGCCCGACUCGCACCCCGGGACGGCACAUGUUCGUCGCUUGGAAUGGAAGCUGGAUGGCACGUCCAAGCAGGCCAUAGCUGACGCGAAGAAACGCUUCUGGGAGUUCGCUGACAGCGUAGCCAUUGGUAUGUUCAUGGAUCCGCGCUACGGAAAGGACAUCUGCAAGCAGUCGCGCAUCUCACCUGACGCCGUCAUGCAGAUGGGCUUCCAGGUGGCCUACCACCGCCUGACGGGGCAGACGGUAGCCUCUUACGAGUCGUGCAGCACGUCUGCCUUCCUGCACGGACGCACAGAAACUAUCCGACCAGCUACUGAGGCGACGCUUGCUCUGUCUCGGGCCCUAAACAGUUCUACCCGACCUGAGCGCGCUCAGCUGCGCCAGCUCAUGGAAGACUGUUCAAAGCGUCACGGAGAGCUGACGGUGAACGCUGCCAAGGGCCAGGGAUGUGACCGCCACCUGUUCGCCCUGCGCCUGCUCGCCGAGGAGCUAGAGGACACGAUGCCGGACUUCUACAAAGACCCGGCGUUCCAGCCAUUCAACAGGUUCAAGAUCUCGACGUCGACGCUGUCCACGCCUUACGUGGAGACGGGCGGGUUCGGUGCAGUGGAGGCGGACGGCUUCGGCAUAGGAUAUAGCAUUCGCGAGCGUGAGCUAGGCGCCAUGAUCAGCAACUACCCCGCGCACACGGACGUGGAUAGUUUUGUUGAUUGUCUCGAGUCGACGUUCCAUGACCUGCACGAUAUCCUGGUGCCCGGAUCGUGAAUGCCUGGUAAUGUCCCACUGCCCGCUAGCGCACUUGUGAGUUGUGACGCGGUUUGUGUGUCUUAGCGUUGUAAACCUGUUAUAGUGCGGAGCUCCUGCCGCAUGGGUACGGCCGCAUGUAUGAAACGUGGUGUUUCACCAGAGUGCUGUGUAAUCGUUUUAUGGCGGGCCGAUUAUGUUCACGUAUUACCUUCAAUGGUGACCUUUCAAAUAUCAAUGCAACGAGUAUUGAAAUCGUGUUAGAUGCUUCUUGGUGUUCUGUUGCCUUUCGCGUAGGAGAUUGUAUUGAUAUGCUUAGGAUGAUGGCGCUGUAUAUAUGAAAAUGCUUGUUUAUGCAGCGUGCGUAUUUCCUUUAAUGGUAAUGGAAGUGAAAAAUGUUAAAUAUGUUGUUUCUGAUCGGUUGUCGUAGCCUCAUUAUUCUAAUACAGCACGCUUCCUGUGA